UAUAUAUCGCAUUUCCAUGAACAAAAACUAAAAAACUAAUCCCAUACUAUUUGCCUAUUUGGCUUCCCCCUUCUCCUUCAACCUCACACCACAUCCAAAUCUCAACUCUAUUUCCUCCCAUAUACAUAUAUAUCUAUAGAUGAGGUGUAAGAACCACUACACUGAUCUCAGUAGUAACGUCGGCGUCUGCGCUUCUUGCCUCCGCGAACGCCUCUUUCCUCUCGUUGCUGCUCACGAACCACAAGCUCAACAUCCAGUGGUUCUACGAUCUGUUUCUCCAUACAUCAGUCAACGUAAAUCCGAUUAUUCCACCUCGAUUAACACUAAACAUAAUAGUGAUCGGAAUCGUCAUCAUAUCCUUCCGGAUCAACGGUUUUUUAGCACGCCGGAUAUAGCGCCUGUCACCGGAAGUUAUAAUUCAUGUCAAAAGAAGAAGCACGGUUUAUUCCGGUUCUCGUUGUUAUCGAAUUUGUUCAGAUCUAAAAAACGAAACGAGAAUUCAAACACUAGGUCUCGCGGUGGUGAUGAUAGUGCCACGUCAGCAACGUCAUCGCCGUUUUGGUUUUCAAACCCUAGGUCCGGUGGCGGUUGCCGGAAGAAACAGCAGUUUUGUUACAACGACGCUUCAACGGCAGCCGGUGCCGGCGUGAUGCGGAAGCAGUACUGUUCAGAUCGAGGCAUGUCGCCGGUGAGAUCCUCCGAUUGUGACGGUGCAAAAGGUGAAGUUUACGAUAGAUCUGAAGAAUAUGAGACGUGUGCGUCUCGAAAACAGACUCCGCGGCGGACGCCGGCUCAUCCGUUGGUCCGGCGCGGCGGCGGUGGCGGAUACGGGAAGAAUGUGUCUGGAUUAAGUUUCUGUUUAAGUCCGUUGGUUCGAGUUAGUCCUUGUCGGAAUUGGAAGCAGAAUGGAGUGGCGGUGGCGCCGGUAGAUUCCGGCGAGAUAAGAGCUCCGGUGAUGUAUAACAACAACUUAUUAUUCUGUGCUAACCGAUCAAGAAAAGUUGCAGAUUUCGGGAGAUGCGCUGCGAACCGUUGAUUUUUUUUUGACCUAGUUAGUGAAUAUGUUUGAAAGGCCCAUUCUGCCCUUGCUCUUUUGUGCUUAUCUUCUAUAGUUCUUGGAAAUAUUGAACAUGACAAACGUCGUUUUCCUUGUAAUUAAUUUUUAUUUAAGUCAACUUUUUUUUCAUGUGCA